GCUAAUCGCGAGUGGUUCGCUGUUCCACAAACGAGUACCCGAAAUACUCGAAAUUCAAUUUAUUCAAUUUGCGCAUUUCUCUGACUGUGUGUGUGUGUGUUUUCCUAAUUAGCAAUUAUGUCGGCAUUUGAAUUAAAGAGUCUUGAUGAGUGCUUGGAAAAGCAUUUGCCAGCAGCGGAGCUGAGGGAGGUGAAGCGUAUUCUCUAUGGCGUGGAAAAGGAUCAAACCCUCGAAUUGCCGGCUGAUGCUUUAGCCACUGCCAAGGCAAAUGCCUUUGAAAUCAAGGGAUAUCGUUUCACCGCUCGCCCGGAGGAAUUGAGAAAACCACGUCUGGUCCGAGUGGGUGCCAUCCAGAAUUCCAUCGCGUUGCCAACGACGGCGCCCAUUGAGCAGCAACGGGAGGCAAUCUGGAAGAAGGUCAAGGCCAUGAUCAAGGCGGCGGCAGAGGCGGGCUGUAACAUUGUGUGCACCCAGGAGGCAUGGACCAUGCCAUUUGCUUUCUGCACUCGCGAAAAGUUCCCAUGGUGCGAAUUUGCCGAGGAAGCCGAAAAGGGACCCACAACCAAGAUGCUUUCUGAGCUGGCCAAGGCCUACAACAUGGUUAUCAUCAGCUCGAUACUGGAAAGAGAUGUGGAGCAUGGAGAGACGAUCUGGAACACGGCGGUGGUUAUAUCGAACAGUGGUCGAUAUAUAGGAAAACAUCGCAAGAAUCACAUACCACGAGUGGGAGACUUUAAUGAAUCCACCUACUACAUGGAGGGCAACACUGGACAUCCAGUUUUCGAAACGGAUUUCGGCAGAAUAGCCAUUAAUAUCUGCUAUGGUCGCCAUCAUCCGCAGAAUUGGAUGAUGUUCGGUUUGAAUGGCGCCGAAAUUGUGUUCAAUCCCUCGGCUACAAUUGGAAGACUCUCGGAACCACUGUGGUGCAUUGAGGCCCGAAAUGCGGCCAUUGCCAACAGUUACUUUACAGUGGGCAUCAAUCGCGUGGGCACCGAGGAAUUCCCUAACGAAUACACCUCGGGAGAUGGACAACCGGCGCACAAGGAAUUCGGACCAUUCUACGGCUCCUCAUACGUGGCCGCCCCAGAUGGUUCAAGAACUCCGAGCUUAUCACGUUGCAAUGACGGUCUGCUGGUGACGGAACUGGAUCUGAACUUGUGUCGUCAGGUGAAGGAUUUCUGGGGCUUCCGUUUGACGCAACGUUUACCCCUCUAUGCGGAAUCACUGCAAAAGGCAACGGAACUGGACUUUAAGCCACAGAUCAUAAAGGAAAACUAUAGUGACAUUAAGCAUUUUUUAUAGAAAAAUAUAACUGAAGGAUUUUGAAUACACAA